GGCGUUCUGUUUAUUUUUGUGAAAAUUUCAUUUCUUUACGAUUCAAUUCGGAGGAAGAUUACAGAGGAGAGAUGGCGAGCAAACAGAUGACUGGGAAUGCAGAACCGGAGAAGGAGAAAAACUCAGGGUUGCCCAUGGAGACAAGCCCCUACCUCAAGUACAAAGAUGUUGAGGACUACAAGCUCAAUGCCUACGGCACCCAAGGCCAUCUUCCCGUCAAGCCUGGGAAAGAUGGCGGCGGUGGCGGCACCGACGCCCCCACUCUUUCCGGCAGUGACUCGGCUGUGGCUAAAGCAAUAUCAGAAUGAAUCAAUGGCUCAUGCCCAUGCCGAUCCGCUCCCAUUUUUGCCUAUGCUUUUUGUAUGUUUUUCUCUUUAACCUCAAAUCACUAAUUGAUUUAUGAGGUGUAUGCAAUUUAUCUGCCAUUUUUUUUUCCCUCAGUCUAAAAUAAAUUCUUCUCUUCUUAAGAUUGGAAAAUCUGGCAAGUUCGAAGGUUUUAUACCUU